UAAAAAAAUAAAUUCGCUGUAAGAGCAAAUUAUGAUCUAGUUGACAGAAUUGUUUUGCGGCUCUUUGCCAACGAGUGAAAAGUGCUAUAAGUUUUAUAACCGCCUUAAGGAAAACCCAUACAAGUUAUACAAACAUCUACUAACCAUUAUAUCAUUUCAAGUAGUAGAUCAAAUUUCAUAUAUUUAUGGUCAAAGAUCAGUUUCAUAGCUUUGAUAUAUAAUUUUCGACUUGCAAUUAGCAAGUAAUAAUAAGUUUUAAUAGAAAAUAAGAAGUAUUCGCACUAUUUUCGAGCCACAUGAUCCAUUUGGAAAGUGCACUUUCAUUUUGCAUGUAAAGUGCAAGAGUGCAAGAAAAAGGUUUCAUUUUUAUGGAAAGGAAAAGCAGGUCUACAAAACGUUUUCCAAAACACAACUCAUGCAUUUUAAUAACUAGUUACUUGCGCGAGUACGAAUAUGUGUGUGUAUUUCUCUCUUUUUGCUUUCAGAAAAUUUAUUUCAUAAUGGCAUACACUUUACGUCGCGUUCUCGUCCUAUUGACUAUUCUGUCUCUGUUUAACGCGAAAGUAUUCGGAAAAAAUACAAGACCAACGCGUAAUGACGAAAUUGCCAAUAUUGAGGAAGCUCUCCAAUAUCUGCAAGAACUGGAAAAUUUCUACGACGGCAAGGCCAGAAUUCGCUUUGGUAAACGUAGUUACUUGAUGCAAAUGCUUAAAAAUCGCUUAGGCGAGGCAGGAGAAAUGAAUCGCGCUCACAACUCGGGAGACUCUUUCCAAUUGGUUUAAUCUCUCCCUAAAAGAUUUAAGAUAAGUAUAAUCAUCAGCGCAUUUG